CCGCGCCGCCGAGGGGAGGCCGCGCCGAGCGGGGCCGGGACCGGGAGCGGAGCGGGGCCAUGAGCGACAUCCGGCACUCGCUGCUGCGGCGGGACGCGCUGAGCGCCGCCAAGGAGGUGCUCUACCACCUGGACAUCUACUUCAGCAGCCAGCUGCAGAACUCGCCGCUGCCGCUGGUGGACAAGGGCCCCACGGAUCUGCUCGAGGAGUUCCUGUUCCAGGUCCCCAAGGAGCGCGGAGCGCCGCCCAAGAGACUGACUCCACUUCAGGAACUUCAGCUCCUUGAGAUCAUGUGCAAUUAUUUCCAAGAGCAGACCAAGGAUUCAGUCCGGCAGGUCAUCUUUUCAUCUCUCUUCAGCCCGCAGGGGAACAAAGCAGAUGACAGCAGGAUGGCCCUGCUGGGGAAGCUGGUCUCCAUGGCAGUGGCUGUCUGCAGGGUUCCUGUGCUGGAGUGUGCUGCCUUCUGGCUGCAGAGGACCCCAGCUGUGUUCUGUGUGAGGCUGGCCCGAGCCCUGGUGGAUGAUUACUGCAACCUGGUGCCAGGCUCCAUCCAGACCCUGAAGCAGAUCUUCACUGCCAGCCCUCGCUUCUGCUGCCAGUUCAUCACCUCAGUCACAGCUCUCUACGACCUCUCCUCAGAUGACCUGAUCCCUCCCUCAGACCUGCUGGAGCUGAUUGUCUCCUGGAUCUUUGAGGACCCUCGUUUGAUCCUGAUCACCUUCCUGAACACUCCCAUCGCAGCCAACCUGCCCAUGGGCUUCCUGGAGCUCACCCCGCUCACCGGCCUCAUCCGCUGGUGCGUCAAGGCCCCCCUGGCCUACACCAGGAAGAAAAAAGCCUCUCUCUCCAAUGGACACCCUCCCAACAAAAUUGCCAAGGACUCGGCUUCAGGAGAAGACAGGGAUUGCCACCAGCUCUAUUCCAAGCUGCAUCUGAGUGUCCUGCAGGUCCUUAUGAUGCUCCAGGGGCAUUUAACGGAGAAAAACCUUUAUGGGCGCCUGGGGCUGGUGCCCUUUGACCACGUGGUUCCUCUGGUGGAGGACAUUAACAGACUGUCUGAUGAGCUCAAUCCUCUCAAUGCAUCCAAGGAGAUUGAACUUGCUCUGGACAGGCUGGCUCAGGCUUUGCAAGUGGCCAUGGCAUCAGGAGCUCUCCUGUGCACCAGAGAUGACUUGAGGACUGUGUGCUCCAGGCUACCACAUAACAACCUGCUCCAGCUGGUGAUUUCGGGCCCGGUGCAGCAGCCGACGCACGGGGCUCUGCCCCCCGGCUUCUACCCGCACAUCCACACCCCUCCGCUGGGCUACCCCGCGCUGCCUGCGCACCCCGUGCAGACCUUCAUCCCGGGCGUCGCCUUCCCCUACCGGCCCAUCCGCUAGCCCUGAGUGCCGGCAAGCCCCAGAGACGACAAACAAACGCCUGGGAAGCGCCUUUUCCUCUCGGGAGCAGCAGAGCCGAGCUCUGCCCGCGGCCCUGGGCAGCGCCGCGCUGGGGCUGGGGGCGGGAUGCACCUCCCGGGCCAAAAGGAGGGGACGGGAACGGACAACAUCAAUUCCUCUGCAAUUCCUCCAUCCGAACCUCUGAGGGCUGUGGAAGUUUUUUUUGAUGUUCCUAAACCCCUGCGGGCUGUGGAGGUUUUUCUGAUGUACCUCCGUGGUGUUUUGGAGCUGUUUACAGCAGGGUGAGCCCGGCUGCUCUGGCUCUGGGAGGGCCUUCUGUGAUUUUUUUUAUUUUUUUUUCCCCCAAGCUAUUCCACUCCAGCCUGCUUGUUUCUUUGUAAAUGUUUGUAUCUAUAGCUACAGAGGAUGUGUACACUGUAUAUUUUUGGAAGGCAGACGUUUGUUUCUGAAGCACAAGGUAGAGUAAAGCAGCACUUCCUAUUAAAGGAAACAAUUUAAGAAGCAUCAGAGCAAUCUGCUGCUUUCUUUUUCGAACAAUUUCAAACAGUUGGAUUCUUCUCUUUCCAGUGAUUAGAAGGUCCAGCUUGUCAGGUCUGUGCUGGGGUGGGGACAAAACCCAUCUGGGGCUGCUGUGACCCAUCAGUAUGUGCUCUGCAUUUUGAUCAGCUGCACAAUUUUGCUGGGAUUAUAUUCUAGCCAGUGAAGAGUGUCAGAUUUUUAAACUGCACAAGAGCACCUGGUUCCUGCAAAAACCAGACAUGUUAUAGCAUGGGAAAAUGAAUUUUUGUUGAAAUGGAAUUUCACCAGCCUUGGUAUAUUUGGUGUGUGGUACAGAACAGCAGAUCUGAUGGAAUAGAUUUCCAGUGGCUCCAGGUAUUACAGCAGAAGCCCAGAGAAACUAAUACCAACAGAAACUAAAAGAGAUUGUUUGAAGAUCUGUCUAGGAUUUUCAUGCUGAAGAAAUACCCUGUACACACCUCACUCAGUGCUUCUUGAGAAUUUGGGGUGAAAUUUGGGGUGUUUUGUUAAUGCUGGCUGAAAAAUUGGCCAAAGGCUGGCAGUGC